GCACCAAACACAAAGCCCAAGAGAGUUCAACCCUAACUCUUCAAGCCAGUCCAAAUUAUUACAUUACAAUAUGUAAAUAAAGCAAGGAAUUAAAGUUUUCUUCGUUUUGUUUCAAUCCAUACUUUCCCUCGGGCAAGCACCCACCAUGACUCUAGAAAUCGAAGCUCGAGACGUUAUUAAGAUUGUGCUCCAAUUUUGCAAAGAAAAUUCGUUGCAUCAAACGUUUCAAACGCUACAAAACGAGUGCCAGGUUUCUCUGAAUACUGUAGACAGCAUCGAAACGUUUGUUGCUGAUAUUAACAGUGGAAGAUGGGAUGCCAUAUUGCCUCAAGUGGCUCAACUUAAGCUCCCAAGGAACAAAUUGGAGGACUUAUAUGAGCAGAUUGUAUUAGAAAUGAUUGAACUAAGAGAGUUGGACACUGCACGUGCUAUAUUGAGGCAAACCCAGGCAAUGGGGGUUAUGAAACAGGAGCAACCUGAAAGAUACUUGAGGCUUGAGCACCUCCUUGUCAGAACUUAUUUUGAUCCAAAUGAGGCUUACCAGGAUUCAACAAAGGAGAAACGUCGUGCACAAAUUGCCCAAGCCAUUGCUGCCGAAGUGAGCGUUGUGCCACCUUCUCGUUUAAUGGCUUUGAUUGGUCAAGCUUUAAAGUGGCAGCAACAUCAAGGUUUGCUUCCUCCAGGAACACAAUUUGACUUAUUUAGAGGAACAGCUGCUAUGAAACAAGACAUAGAUGACAUGCAUCCAACAACCUUAUCACAUACAAUCAAGUUUGGGAAGAAAUGUCAUGCAGAAUGUGCUCGAUUCUCACCAGAUGGGCAAUUUCUUGUUUCUUCUUCUGUUGAUGGUUUUAUUGAGGUCUGGGAUUACAUAAGUGGGAAGCUCAAGAAGGAUCUUCAAUACCAAGCUGAUGAAACUUUCAUGAUGCAUGAUGAUCCUGUACUCUGUGUUGAUUUUAGCAGAGAUUCAGAGAUGAUUGCAUCUGGGUCACAAGAUGGAAAAAUAAAGGUUUGGCGCAUAAGAACAGGUCAAUGCUUGCGCCGUCUUGAACGUGCACACUCUCAAGGUGUGACAAGUCUUGUCUUCUCUCGUGAUGGAAGCCAGUUACUAAGUACAUCUUUUGAUAGUACUGCAAGAAUCCAUGGAUUGAAAUCUGGAAAGUUGCUCAAAGAAUUCCGUGGGCAUACAUCUUAUGUGAAUGAUGCAAUAUUUACAGCUGAUGGAAGUCGUGUUAUUACUGCCUCCAGUGACUGCACUGUGAAGGUGUGGGAUGUAAAAACAACAGACUGCCUGCAAACAUAUAAACCACCGCCUACUUUAAGGGGUGGUGAUGCUUCAGUGAAUUCAGUUCAUCUUUUCCCAAAGAACACAGAUCAUAUUAUUGUUUGCAACAAGACAUCGUCAAUAUACAUCAUGACACUUCAAGGACAGGUUGUGAAAAGUUUCUCAUCUGGUAAAAAGGAGGGUGGAGAUUUUGUGGCUGCCUGUGUCUCACCAAAAGGUGAAUGGAUAUAUUGCGUGGGCGAGGACAGGAAUAUGUACUGCUUCAGCUAUCAAACUGGAAAAUUAGAGCAUCUAAUGACGGUCCAUGAAAAGGAUGUAAUAGGCAUCACACACCAUCCUCACAGGAACCUUGUAGCUACCUAUGCUGAAGAUUGCACCAUGAAAUUAUGGAAGGCUUGAAAUUUAGUUAUGAUUAUCGAAUUUCCGUAAAGCUGUCGUAAUCAAGUCGGGUUCCCUUUGGGAACACACUAUUUCUUUGUUCUGUAACUUACUAUUUAGAUAGAAUAGACAGUGUGUUCACUGUAUUAGUAGACUAUU